ACAGUGGAGAUUCUAUUGAGGGCGCAAUUACUAAAAAUAAGCCUAGAAUCAAAGAGUAUCUCUUCUUUAAAUUUGCUAGAAUGAGGUUAACUAACUGUAUAAAAUAGGCCAAGGCUAAAAGCGGCGCUAUACGAUUCUUGCUAAAACUGCCAAACAACCUGUAGCAAAACUAUACUUUUUGCUACCAUUCUUACCCGAUUUUGCCGAUCGAGAAUUCAUUCAUACUUCACGCAGGAGAGGUGUUGAUUGCCAAAGAACAAAUUUAACAAGGUCUGCGUAAGCCUAUGCUUUAUAGUAGUAAUAGGAUGUUAUCUUUCGUAUAUGGUACCCUAAAGCGUGGACAGCCCAAUCACAAUCUUCUGCAGGCUACAUCGAAUGGUAAAGGAAGGUACAUAGGUAAGGCUAGGACACUCGAAAAGUGGCCCCUGGUCGUGAGCUCGCGAUACAACAUACCGUACAUCUUGGAUUGUGCAGGAAAGGGAAACAAUGUUACAGGUGAAGUAUAUGAAAUUGAUGAUAAAAUGCUUGCUGCAUUAGACAAACUGGAGGCUCACCCAGUCUAUUACCAACGUACUGACAUUCAGGUCAUGAUGUAUGAAGAUGCAGAUGGUAGACCUCUCCAGAGCCAAAGUCCUAUCAACUGCAUGUUCUAUGUGUUGAGGAAUUAUAAAGACCACUUGUUGAAUCUAGAAUUUUUGGAAGAGUAUAAAGAUAGCGAACCACUGAAAUACUGUACACACGGUGAACGAACAGAUGUAGAGGACCAUCGAGGAGAUGUUAUGCACAUUUAGAUAUGAAUUGUAGUGUCUCGGGUGUAAGCCCACCCUCUGCUGUAAGCCUAGUUUUUACAUCAGCCUUUCCUUGAGCAAAAGCCCAGGUUUGAAUGAGUAGCUUAAUUAUCAAACAUUGGCUUUGAAUUAUGCAUAAAAGUGCUUGCGAAAUUGAUCGAUUUUUCACUGAAAAGGAAAUACUGGUCUCCCUCCAAUUAAAGACCACUUUUGGGACCGGAGUUUUUAUAGUCUUUAGCUGUUUUGGUCUCUAAUUAGAAAAUUAAAGGUAAAAGACAUUUGUUAAUUUGGGACCACAGAAAAGUGAUCUUUAAUUGGAGGUGGUUUUUAACUGAAGGGGUCUUUAAUUAGAAGGAGACCUGAAGCCACAACUUCGGCUUAAUUUUGUGUUCAAGGAGUGGGCUUAUACCAGAGAAGCAACAGUAUUCUAUUUUAAUGUUAUUUUAAUUAUUCAAUGGUUGUGCCACGGAUAUGUUAUUCCAUUUAACAAUUUCCUUGUUAAAUGAAUAUGCUGUCACAAUGAUUUUUUUUUUAUACAAUUCUGGUGCCUUGUGAAUUAAUUUGUUUUAGUAGGUAUACUGCACUAUAAACGUCUUCCUUGAAGUACAUGAAAUACUAUAUAAAUAUCAAAUUAUUAUUAAAAUCAUUGUAAAUCAUAAUAAUUUAGUAUUGAUUUUACUCAGGGCAAGUCAUUUGGUUUGUAUUGACAAUUAUAUAUAUUAAUUGAACAAUAGGUUUGAAAGUCCUCAUUUUAAAAAGGAUAUAAUGAAUAGCAGUUCUACAACCUUGUUUAAAAUAGAUUUAUACUGUAUGACCAAAUACUAGUAAUAUUUUAGGUUUAACAGAACUUCAGUACUAUGUGUGUUAUUCCAAGGCAAGCCAUUACUUUUACAAAUUGUAAUUCAAGUUUAACUUAUUUGCUUGUUUAAUAUAUAUUGUUGUUUAUUUUAUUUAUUUGUACACAACAAUAUUUUCUCUCAUUGCAAGUUGACUCAUGUACAUCAUGUAGGUACAGUACAUCUGCAAAGCAAUAAUCAUAAAAUUAUUCGUUUGAUUAUUGCAUUUAAAUUUGUUCCAUCCAAAUUUUACAUGUUGCAGACUCAUGUAACAUGUGUACAAUUUUUUAUGAAAGAAUUAUAAAGAGCAAAUCCUUGAAAGAGUGGUGGAUCCCCAUCCCCCUCCCCCACCUAAUUUUGAAAAUUUGAGACAGGGUGGUCCUGAAAUCAGUAAUAAAAAUAAAAUGAAAAUGUAUUAUUGAAAAAAUUAUGGAAAAUCUGGCAUUUGGCCACAAAGAGUAGAUGUGGAUUUAUCAUGUAUCCACACUCAGUGCAUUAAAUUCUAAAGGGCGUGGCAAUUUCUUUUUAAUUUUCAGAUUGUGGUUAUCAAUAAAUUUUAUUGGGUUAAUUAA